AUGGCAUCCAUCCGAGCCAAUUGCCGCAAGAUCAUGUGUAUCGGCCGAAACUACGCCGAUCACAUUACGGAGCUGAACAACACCACGCCGAAGCAGCCUUUCUUCUUCCUGAAGCCUGCAUCCUCCAUCCUCCCUCCCGGUGCCGGCCCCGUUCUCCGCCCAAAGGGUGUCAGUCUGCACUAUGAGGUGGAAUUGGGUCUUGUGAUUGGCAAGACCAUCCGGGAUCUUGAUCCCGAGGACGAGCAGGGCGCUUUGGAUGCCAUUGAGAGCUAUGUGCUUGCCAUCGAUAUGACCGCUCGCAAUGUCCAAGAGGAAGCCAAGAAGAAGGGUCUUCCCUGGUCGAUCGCCAAGGGUUUCGACACUUUCCUGCCCAUUUCCGAAGUGAUCGCCAAGUCGCGGAUCCCGAACCCCCACGAUGCCUUUCUUCGCCUGCGCGUCGGCCAGACCGAGCGCCAGGCCGAUUCGACGAGUUUGAUGCUACAUCGUAUUCCUCGGCAGCUGGCCCAGAUCUCGCGUGUGAUGACCCUGGAGAAGGGCGACAUUGUGCUUACCGGCACGCCCAAGGGCGUGGGUGAGGUCAAGGCUGGAGACGUUAUGUAUGCCUCGAUUGAGGUCAAUGGCAAGGAGAUCGAGGAGGGACGGAUCCAGGUGGAGGUGCAGGACCGGGAGGGGCGCUAUGAGUUCAAGGAGACCUAA